AGCCCAGCUCGGGGCCACAAAGCAGUGCUGGUUAGUCCGACGUGCCAGCGCCUUCCCCUAUCAGCCGCCUUUACGUGCAGCCAACAUCUUCGAGGCACUCGAUACUCCGGUUCUCGCAAAGAAGGGUUUAAAAUAUUUAUUUGCUCGGGAGAUGGUGAGUGCUGUUGCUGCCAGAGAUAGGGAUCGCGGCUCUGCUGCGGCUCCCCCGGAUCACAAUCGCUUGCAUGCUGGGAACGCUCAGGAAGAUCGCCCGAGAUAAGCACCUGCUGCCUUCCUCACCUCUGCGGUCCUCAGAUAAAGCUCCCGCACGGAGCAGGCAGCGGGCGAGGCGGCCAGCAGCAGGGUGCAAUCCUGCAGCACCCCGGGGAACGGCUGUCGGGAAGAGCCGUGCCCUGCCCGGCGUUCUGGGUCACGGCUGAGCAGCGGCACGGGGCGGGUGGUGGUUGGGCUCCCCCGGGGAGCAAAAGAAGAGGUGGGGAAGGAGCUGCGCCUCGGGGCGCUGGUGGCAUGGCUUUAGGCAUGGUCCUCCAGCAGCUGCUGACGUUGGGUUGUUUCCCCUUUUUGUAGAAGCAGGGAGGUGCUGCCACGUCAGCUGCUGGCAGCCCCAAAGCACCUUGCUCGGAGCCCCAGGACAGGUCUGGUUGUCCCGAGGGAGCCCUGGGCAGCCGGGAGCUCACGAGUGACGGGUGGGCAGUCGGUCACGCAGGCACAGAAAGGCCCGGGCAGAGAGGAAGGGCUCAGCUCCUCCAUCGCGUGUGCUGUUUGUGUCCCACCAUGACUUUCUCCCUCCUUGGAUGGCCACCGUCCAACGUCAGCGCAGUCCUGACCUUCACACCCGGUCUGUUGAAACAUCCAAACUUUUCUGUCCUGAAACGGCGCUGCACGACUGGGACAGGCAGCUCAGCAGCCAGCUGCUGCAGGGGCGGAGCUGGAGUUCCUCCCGCUUUUGUCUCUCGCCUUGGUGUGGUUUUUUUUUUUUUUUUUUUCUGCAGGUGAACAAAUCCCCGGUGUAAAAUCAGAAAGCAAACAACAUGGGAUCGGGGAUGGGGGUAGGGAUCUGAGCUUCGGCAGCGCGCUCCGUCAGCCAGACUUUUGCAAUAACGUGCAAAGCUCUGUGUGCAAUCUGAAGUGAGCAAAGAGCUUGGGCAAGGGCUGCGAACACGAGGUCAGAAACGGGAAAGAUUCGCAAAUGAAAUAUUUUUAAGGUGGGGAAGGCAGAGUUAGAAAAGCAUGCAAAAUUAUCCUAAUAAUAGGACCUAACGCUUGCCGUCGCCACAGCUGUCUUGCAAGGCUGAAUUCACCUCCUGUGCUGUUUGUACUCGCAUUUCACCACUCCAGUCUUUUUUACAAGCAAGGAAACUGAGGCAAAGGGAGGAGGAUUGCUUCACGUACAACUUCUGAGCUUGGCCCUUUGCCACCCAGCCUCAGCUCUGCAACUGCCCUCGUUUGCAGAUGGCACCGGGUGGAAGUUGCUCCUUGUUUUUUGACCGUCAGACUCGCAGUUGUCCCCAAAUGGAAACUGCGCUUUAUUCCUAAACAUCCAGGCUGCCCCUCCAGCUGUAGGUCUGCGGGCUUCUGCAGCCCUCGGAUAACGGCAUCACCUCGAGAAAAGAGGGGGAGCUGGAGGGCCUGGAAGAUGUCACCACCCCAGUUCCAAAGAGGAAACAAUCUUCUCUUUCUCAGUGUUAAUUAAACUCGAUUUUAAAGCUUCCAGUGAGGCCGUUCAGCAUCAGGCUUCCUGCACCGUCGAGUUGCUCCGAACCUCCGCUGUGCCGCCAACGCCGCUGCGCGGUUUGUCUCCAUUCUCUUUGCUGCUCUCUUCUGAGUACUUGAGGACUAUUCAUCACAUCUUUCUUGAGUGUUCUCUAGACUAAACAAACCCAUUUCCUUCAAGCUGUCCUUGCAGGUCAUGUUUUUCCUACACCUCUGCUCAUUCUCACAGCUCUCCCCUGGACUCCCUCCAGCUCCUCCCAGCACUGGACAGUACUCGAGCUGAGGCCUUACCAAUAUCGAGGAGAAUUAUUUCCUUUGUCUGGCAAGCAGCACUCCUGUUUAUGCAUUCCACAGCGGUGGUUGCUUUUUCUUUCUCUUUUUCCCAGUAGUAUGACAUUUUGGACUCGUGUUACGCCUCGCCGCAGCCCCCAGAUUUCCUUUCGAAAGCCUUUAGGAGCUGCAGCAGAUUAGGGACGGAGCUGCUCUCCCAGCCAGGCCUGGAGCGCUGAACUCCGGCUCUGAGUCCUGCUUCCAGACCAAGCUUCCUCGUCUGGAGUGCCCGGUAGCUGACAGCCUUUCACCCAGGAGACGUGCCAAGAGGCUGAGCGACCUGCAGAUCUGUAGGGUUUUUUUCUGCAAGGGAAACAAAAGCCUUCUCCAGAUGUGAACCACCUGGGUAGCAGAAGUAGUUUCAGGGGGUGCCCAACUGACACGAGAGCCACCAUGAACGUGGGAACGGCACACAGCGAGGUGAACCCCAACACCCGUGUCAUGAACAGCCGCGGCAUCUGGUUGUCCUACGUCCUUGGAAUCGGCCUGCUGCACGUUGUGCUCCUGAGCAUCCCCUUCUUCAGCGUGCCCGUGGUUUGGACUCUCACUAACAUCAUUCACAACAUGAGUAUGUACAUCUUCCUACAUACCGUGAAAGGAACCCCUUUUGAGACGCCAGAUCAGGGGAAGGCUCGGCUGCUCACGCACUGGGAGCAGAUGGACUACGGCGUGCAGUUCACAGCGUCCCGCAAGUUCCUGACCAUCAUGCCCAUCGUACUGUAUUUUCUAACCAGCUUUUACACAAAGUAUGACCGGAUACACUUCGUAAUCAACACCAUCUCCCUAAUGAGCGUCCUGAUCCCCAAGCUGCCUCAGUUUCACGGAGUCCGGAUCUUUGGGAUCAACAAGUACUGAACUGCGUAAACGGAGCGCAUGGAAGAGGAGCAGAGGCGAGGGGAAGUUCCUUCUUUCUUGCUCUGUUUCUUCACCCCCAUGCCCACUGGGAUCUGAUUUCACAGUGGCUGUUUAAACGCAGUACCCGAUAGACAUAUACCGCAUGCUGGAUCCUCAUGCCCAAUAAAUCUAAACAAGCUCCAGAGUAGAGUUUAGCGCGGAGCAGGAUACAUGGCGCUGGAUUUCUUUUAUUCCAGCGUCAUAAAUAGAUGGAGAUACACUGAGACUUCAAGGUACAAGGAGGAUGAGUUACGGGAAGAUCGUCAUCUAUCCCAGACAUUGAACGGCGAGAACAGGGAUGAGGGGAAAAGCUUUUAGUGCUGGUACUAUUGCUGUGGUAAAUGCACUUUAACAUACAUUUCCCUUUCUGAAGUUAGGUGCUUUUAAGCAAUAUGUGGGCAAGUUCAAAGGGAGACAGCCAGCCUUCCCCAAUAGUUGAUUGUUUUGGGGUUUGAGUCCCGUUUUGGGGCAGGGGAGGAGAGGGAGGGGGAACAGAAUGACAGAUUUGCAUUUUGAAAUCUUUUACGCCACUGAAAAAGGAAGUUCUUUUACCGAGAACAGUACAGGAAAGAAUCACCUGCAAUUUGACAAAGCUUUCAGGUUUCUGUGGUACCAUUCGUGUGGUUCAGGGAAAAGAUUACCAGAUCCUAAGCUACAGUUGUUACUUUCAACUUGUACCAGAAUUUGUCUGGGUAACGUUGCUCCCAAGCCCAAACCACUAAAAUUUUAAAGCAUGCUGAGCACUCAGGCAGUGCAGCGUUUGGAUUAAAGGCCAGGUUGCAGCUCAUUUUAAUGAUUAACUACAAAUGCCACUGAGGUACUUGGUACAUGGAGAUUGCAUGAGCAUGGGAGAAGCUGCUGACUGAUGGGUACAGGCCAAGCGAGAGAUGGACGGCUGCCUGCUAUAAUCAGUGGCAAUAAUUGGAAUUUUUCUCCUCCAUCCAUCUCCUUGGUCUCUUAGGUCUGCGUACAUGUUACUGAGAUCUGCCAGUUCUAACUGUGGACUUAACGUGCAAGCCUCCAUGUGGCAAACAAGUGAUGCCUGACUGCCUGGCACUCAGCGCCACGCACAAAUGCUGCAGCAGCAGCCCCUGGGCCCAGGGUGAUGCUGCCAAGGGUGAGGGAGCUGCAGGAGGGCGAUGCUAAUGAGCGGCACGCUGAAGUGACCAAGAGAAGGGUGUUACGGGGCACUGAGGACAACAGAUGAUUUGGUAUAGGAAGAAAAAUGAGCCUUUUCCCCCAUAAAACUACCACCUGAAUGAAAAAAGGUCUGCAGGUUUAGACUUCCUGGCUGAGAUGCCUUUCUGCUGUUCAAAGCAAUCGGUUUUUCUUUUGGGUUGCGUGCCCGAUGAAAUGUGUUUUUCCUCAUGCUUCCCCUGUAAACUUACGAAAGCCUGUAUUUUUUGUUGUCUUAGUGCUUAUAUUGUCUCACACUGACAAUGGUAGAAACUUUUUUAGUAUGCUGGUUUUGUUCCUGCAUUAGCUAAGCCUAGCUUAAGAAGUCACGGCGGAUAUUGAAUUGAUUGAUGGUCUGAGCAUAGGACAGAGGAACUCCAAGUUCACAUGUAAGAUCCAGUACUACUCCAUGCGUAAUUUUAGGCAAGCUGCUUUAUCUCUCUGUCUCAGAUUAACUACCAGACUGCUGCAGAGAAGGGAGAAAACACUUAGCAUACCUCAGAGGGAUGCUGGAAUGCAUAGAGAAUCAUUACCUAAUAUGUUUGAAAAACAGAAAUGUUUUAAGUGAAAACGAAGCUUUUGAGAAAGUAGAAAGAAGAUUUCAAGAAGGUAGAAAGAGAAGAGCUUGGCUUGAUAUUUGAGUGCUGUUCUCCAGAGAGAGUUUGGCAGAUGUGUAGCGUACUUGAUUGGGGAGGGGUUUUAAACCUUUUAACCACCACGACAUAGGGACUGCUGCUUUAGUUAAGGUACUAUAUUCCCUAAAGCUAAUAUACUCUUUAAGCUACUAGACAAUGACUUUUGG